AGACGGAGGGGAGUAUCGUGAGCCACAUUAUGUAAAUAAGGUGCAGGAGCAUGUGCCAGUUAAACCGCAGUGCCGUGCGAAGUGAGAUGAGGCACAGGCUUUGGACGGCAGAAGCCGGGGCCGUCGGUAGAUGGCGGUAACCCAAGAAACCUGAUCCACCGGGCUCUCGGGCACUCUGUCUCAGUUUGCAGCACUCGCGUUGAAGCCAGAGGAGCUGAACAGUUUGAAGGACAUCAAAAGAAACAGGAGAGCCGACGGCGGGUCCUCUCGAGUUUUUGCGCGCAGCCCUCCCGAGCCGGAGACGAAACGCUUCGUCACAGAGAAAAACGGGAAAACUAAGAACACCAUGGAAGACAAAUCUAAUUCGUUCUCCAGCAACAAGGAGGAGAAGGCGGAUGGGAAUAAUGUUUUUCAGAGGCAAGACUCGAUACAGAAAAAUAACACGGGGGACAAAAAGGACCAUGGCAACUCAGUGGGCUUCAAGGGGGAGCGGGAAGAGGCCAUGGUCGGUUUUGACGAUCUGGAGGGGGCGGCCAGGCAACAUGGUUUUAUGCAGAGGCAAUUUGGGGCCAUGAUGCAGCCCGGAGUCAAUAAGUUCUCCUUGCGUAUGUUCGGCAGUCAAAAAGCCGUGGAGAAAGAGCAAGAAAGGGUUCAAACGGCCGGAUACUGGAUCAUUCACCCAUAUAGCGAUUUUAGGUUCUACUGGGACUUGAUAAUGCUCAUCAUGAUGAUGGGGAAUCUAAUCAUCAUUCCUGUGGGAAUAACAUUCUUCUCAGAGCAGACUACCACAACCUGGCUGGUCUUCAACGUGGCGUCGGACACCAUCUUCCUGGUGGACCUGGUCAUGAACUUCAGGACGGGGAUCGUCAACGAGGAGAGCUCCGAGAUCAUCCUCGAUCCCAAGGUCAUCAAGAUGAAUUACCUGAAGAGCUGGUUCGUCGUGGACUUCCUCUCCUCCAUUCCAGUGGAUUAUAUCUUUUUAAUAGUGGAGAAAGGCUUUGACUCGGAGGUAUACAAAACGGCACGCGCUCUGCGAAUCGUCCGCUUCACCAAGAUCCUCAGUCUCCUGCGUCUCUUGAGACUGUCCCGACUCAUCAGAUACAUACAUCAGUGGGAGGAGAUUUUCCAUAUGACCUAUGACCUGGCUAGUGCGGUGGUAAGAAUAUUUAAUUUAAUAGGGAUGAUGCUGCUUCUGUGUCACUGGGAUGGCUGUCUUCAGUAUCUGGUGCCUCUCCUCCAAGACUUCCCCCCUGACUGCUGGGUGUCCCUAAACGGUAUGGUUAACGUUUCCUGGGGUAAGCAGUACUCUUAUGCCCUCUUCAAAGCCAUGAGCCACAUGCUGUGCAUCGGGUACGGAGCCCGGGCGCCCGUCAGCAUGUCCGACCUGUGGAUCACCAUGCUGAGUAUGAUUGUGGGUGCCACGUGCUACGCUAUGUUUGUGGGCCAUGCGACAGCUCUAAUCCAAUCACUGGACUCCUCACGCAGGCAGUACCAAGAGAAGUACAAACAAGUGGAGCAAUACAUGUCCUUCCACAAGCUUCCAGCAGACAUGCGGCAGAAAAUCCAUGACUACUACGAACACCGCUACCAGGGAAAAAUCUUCGACGAGGAUAACAUCCUGAGUGAACUCAAUGACCCCCUCAAAGAGGAAAUCGUCAACUUCAACUGCCGCAAGCUCGUGGCCACCAUGCCCCUGUUCGCCAACGCCGACCCCAACUUCGUGACGGGGAUGCUGAGCAAGUUGAAGUUCGAGGUUUUCCAGCCCAACGACUACAUCAUCAGGGAGGGCACGGUCGGGAAGAAGAUGUACUUCAUCCAGCACGGCGUCGCCAGCGUCAUCACCAAAUUCAACAAGGAGAUGAAGCUGACGGACGGAUCCUACUUUGGAGAGAUCUGUCUGCUCACCAAGGGCAGGCGAACGGCGAGCGUGCGCGCAGACACCUACUGUCGACUCUUCUCUCUCUCUGUCGACCACUUUAAUGAGGUGCUAGAGGAGUACCCCAUGAUGCGACGCGCUUUUGAAACUGUCGCCAUCGACCGACUGGACCGCAUCGGGAAGAAGAACUCCUUGCUGCUGCAGAAGUUCCAGAAGGACCUGAACGCCGGCGUUUUCAACACGCAGGAGAACGAGAUAUUGAAGCAGAUUAUCCGUCAGGACAGGGAGAUGGUGAUGAUGGUGGACCGCAAGCAGUCGGUCACCGGGAUGAACUCAACACCAAUGUCAGGAAACUCCAUCAUUAACUCGCCGGCUCAACCGCCCUUCGCCGCCUUCGGCACCAACCAGCUCCAGCAGUCCUCCGUCCCCCUGACCUACAGCGCUUCGGCUAUCGCCAACGCCUCUGCUGCCCGCAUGCUGCCAGCUGCUGCCGCUGCCGCUGCUGCUGCAGCGCAGGGGAUCUACCCGGCUCCCAGUCUUUCCCACGGCAACCUCAACUCCUCCUCGACCAACCCGCAGCAGCAAAGCGCGAUCAUGUCGCCCUGCUCCUUCACGGCCGCCAUGUGCAGCCCGCCCGUGCAGACCCCUCUGGCUAGCCGGAGCUUCCAGUACGGCUCUCCCACAGCCUCCCAGCUGUCGCUCAUCCAGCAGCCCAUUGGCCAGCCGUCUCUACCCACACAGCAACAGCUCGCUCAGCAGCCUGCCGUCUCAGCUGCGGCUGCAUCCUCUGCAGCACAGCAGCAACAACAGCAGCAGCAGCCGUCACCUCAGCAGCAGCAGCAGCAGCAGGUCCCUUCACCUCAGCGAGGAGACAUCCACAAGAGCACACAGGCUCUUCAGUCAGGCAGCUUGAGUCGAGAUAUCCGACACUUAUCGGCUUCCCAACCGUCACUGCCACAUGACACAUCUCUGGGGCCCAGGGUGCAUCCGGCCUCAGGAGACUCUCUGGCCUCCUUCGUGCCGCCGACAGCGGCGGCAAUGCAGGGAAUGAGUCUACAGAGCGGCAUCCGCACCACAGUGCCCCAGCGGGUCAAUUUGUUCCGGCAGAUGUCGUCGGGAGCGUUGCCCCCGGUGCGCUCGGCCGCGGCGGCGGCGGCGGCGGCGGCAGUCGCAGCAGCAUCAUCAUCAUCGUCAUCUUCAGCCCAGCACAGGGAAUCCCCCGGAUCGAGGAGAGAUUCUGUCCUGAGCAGUACAGAGACUGAGCAAGACAAAAUGCGUUUCGCAUCAAAUUUAUGAUCCCAUUUUCCCCUCUCCCGUUCUUUUUUUAAACAUGUUCGAAUUCAUUUUUAAAAAAAAAUAAAAUGGAGAUAGAAGAAAAGAGGUAAAAAAUGAGGAACUUCAGCAUUUUUUUUUUGUUUUUCUCCAAUUUUCUUCUAAAGUAACCUCAUAGAAAUCCUGUAUAUAUAAGCCCUUGUAUUAUAUUUUAGACAAAUUUUGUCUCCCUAAACUUAAGAAUGUAUAUUAUACAGAUACAUCUCUCUUUUCUUUUACACCAUAUAUAUGUAUAUGGUUGAAUGGGUGCGCGAGUGCGUGUGCGUGGUGCGUGCAUGAGUGUAAAAAAGGAAAAAAAAAAAUUCCAACUUCAAUAUUGGCAAUGGCAAUUUAAAACUGUAGUAUAAACAUGAGUCUUCCUUUCUGAGAAAUAUAAAGAAUUAUAUAUCAUGUAUGAAGUUUUUUAUUUUCUCUUUUUGCUUUCUUCUUCUUCUUUCUUUUUUUUAAACUGGAAUGCAUUGUGCAUACUGACAAUGACUUUUAUUUUCUUUCUUCUUCUUCUUUUUUUUUUUUUUUUUUUUUUUUUUUAAACCAGAGGAAGAGGAAAACUAUCUCCUCCUAUUAAGCAGCUUUAGGCACCACUGUGGAACAACAAAUGCAAGCGACUCUUGACGAAUAAUCUCAAAAAGCACACACACUCACACGAAAAUGAAUCUCCAACCAAUUUGCUGAAGACUCGUUUCAGAACUCAACACGACUACUGUAACCAAGUAUUGCGUUGCUCUCGGCAACAAAAACACAGUCCGCUGAGCCGCCAUGUACCCGCAGAGGCUCGCAUACAAACCACGACAGUGUUAUGGGUCCAAAGGGAAUAGAUAAUAGAAAUGCUGCUUUCUUUGUUUUUUGUUUUUCGAGGAAAAUGGCACGUGGAGGCAGAUGUGGAUGGAUGCUAUUGUUUUUUCUAUUUCUGAUUUCAGAUGGCUGAGAUGUUACGUAAUGUUGCUUAAAAAAAAAUUCUGUGUAUAUUUAUAAUAUUUAUAAACUAAAGAUUAUCACCAUUAUGCAAUAGACUGUGACAUAAAGAUUACCUAUAUGUGUGCUGUAAAUAGUUUUGUAGAUCUAGUAUUUACAGAUACUGUGUGGUGCAUUCUCUAUCAUAACAAUGUCUUACUUCUAUCAGGAACCUGGAUAUCAUCUAUAUGCGACAAAAAGGUUAAGUGACAAAAUACAUUUGUUUCAUAAGAGAUAAACAAACCUUAAUGCAAUAGCUAGCGCGACGUGACGCUGAGAGAAGCCUGACUGAAGGACAUUUCUGAUUCCCGGUCGUGGUCCUUGUGUAGUUCGGUGUCGUCCUAUUGAAAUCAAUCUUUUCCUCACUUCCCAAAACUCCUUAGGGUCAUUUUACAAAUGAUUCUUAACAACUGUACGGCUUCAAGGUGGGAAUCAUGUUUUAUUAUAUGUUUCAAAUCACCUCAAAUUUACUUCUUGUCUUGCUCAUUCGCUCCUUCAGUAAAACUAUGUUUUCACACAUACUGUAUGUUUUAGGUUGAAGUGCAUUGACAUUUCAAGGCGGUUUGUCACAAAGUUUAAUCAGCUGAUUUUGUGACGCAAACUUUCCAUUAUUAUUAUAUUUAUUUAUUUUUCUUUUUUUGAUGACACAGGGGAUGAAUUUGAAAAUAAUGCAUUUUAAUUGGGAGCAUCCUCCAUGCCUGCACCAGUUUGUGAAAUAGUCAUGAAAUUAACCUGUUUUGUUUGUUUUUUAGAUGAGUGUCUAAAACCUGACAAAAGCCCAGCUUAGGAGACUGCAGUGUGGUAGUUGCUCCAGUCUUUACGCGCACACAAGACUCCAAAAACUGGGGUUCGAGCCCUUUAUCGAACCGUUUUGUUUCAUGUUGUGUUCCUCCUUUCUCUCCCCUUAACUCACUGAUUGGUCCAAGCAACAAAAACCCUUGGACAGGAUCGAGAAAAGAUUAUGAUUUGGCUCAAAACAGAUGGUGCAGGCAGGAGCGUUGCAAGCGACUGACGUCUUUUGAGCAUCAUACCCUGUGUCACAAAAAAGAAAAUCAUUUGUCCAAGGACAUGAAUCACCUACAUUUCAUUCUCUGACUGUUUCGUUUAAUGCCACGAGGCUGGGACUAAAUGUUUCCACCAGGAGGUGUUUUUGAGCUGCAGCUAGUGAGGAACAAGGAAACGCUGGUUUGCAUUAAGGUUUCUGUCUCAUGUAAAUCCAUUGUGUGGGCUUAGGUACUUUAGACUGACCCGGACUUUGAGGCAAGGAGGUAAGGUCAAACAAGAACAUCGUGACUCAAUUAAAAAAUAAAUAAAUAAAUAAAAAGAAGAGAAUAUCUUAAAAAAAUCUGAUGACGAAAGUAAGUCAUGGAUUACGGGUCCCUACAUUUACAGGACACUGUGCUCAGGCUCGCCUUGACAACGUAGUCCACUCUCAGGAGUCACGGUUUUCACGGCACCAAAUAUCCCAUCAGUUCAAAGCGCCUAAGCCCGUUUGAGAUACCGUUUUUAAAAAGAUUAACAAGUCUUCACUACAGAUUGUGUCGAUAGUGUACCAAUACAGUCAACCCACCAAGUGUCAUGAAAGCAUGCGCUGUCACAAAUACUUAAAAAAGAAAAAAAGAAAAAAGAUACUAUCUCAAAGAUGUUAAAUGUAAUGUUAGAUUAUGUUUUUGUUCAUUGUCUGUCUGCCUAGAUGUUAUCUGUGCGUGAACAGAAGCAUUGACUUUUCACAUGGACAUUCUGAAGUAUUUGUGCCUAAACUAUAGCCAUGUUCCAUCCUUUGUUACGAGAGUGGGAGCUCGGCGCAUACGGCGGGGAGGGGCCGGGGAAAGGGGGCGGGGCCACGUCCGCACACGACUGCACAUUCAUACUUACUAUACUCUUAUGUGUUCUAUGUCUCAGUGUUUUUAGACGAGAAAGGAGCAAGCAACGACGACGGCCAAAUGUCUCAGUUUAUCCGAUUGGUCUCUUUACUUACAAUGUGAACUCCUAGAGGCAGGAUUUUCUAACAUUCUCAGUCGAGCUAUAUAGAAUAUUUAAAGGAGGUCAUGUACAGUUUAAAAGAAAAUUCAAUAAAAGUGCAGCCUUUAGACAUCACGAUCACGUUUGACGAGACAUUGUACAAAUUCGGAGCACCUUUAUACCUUUCUUUGUAGCUAGCCGCUGAUGUUUGGGGUUGACUAUUGAUGUGUGGAAGGAAACUGGCCAAAGCGAAACAUUCUGAGUCAUUGUCUUUGUUUUUAAAUUGCACUUUCUGAUUUCCUAAUAAAAGAAAAAUAGCUUCUUUCAGCUAGGAGAGAUGUCGAGUGAGUUGAGUGAGGAGGGAGCGAUGUUCCCGAGAAUUUGUGCUGCCCUGUUCCUGUUUGAGGUUCCAAAUGAGGCGGGAGAUGUUCCAUUUACAACGAAGAGCGCUUAAUCGUGAAUAUGCCAUAGUGUAUAGGAACUAGUACACAGUCAAGAUGGACAGCAGCACUGUUGGUUUGUGCUGUUUUUGAUACUUGCCUUUGGAGGGAGAGCUUCCCAACUAUGUGCUUUUUUCACUAUCCCAAUCGCAACUAACAUACUGGAAUGGGCAUUAAUGGUGAUGUAUAACACAAACUAAUGAGCUUACAUAUUAGCAGUAUAGAGACUCUCAACAAACCAGCACAUAUAUUUGUAUAUUUCUUUGUUGUUUUGUUGGUUUGAGGGGAAACUAGAGAUGCAAAAGGAACUGAUAAUGCCCACAGUGGAUAAACCAAGUGUUUAUUUGGUUUGGAUGAACACAGGUUUCAUAUGUUUACUGAUGAUGUGCGCCGUGGAGAGAGGGGCAGAAGCGUCUGCUGAGCUGCUCGGUCCUCUUAAACCCCACUCACAUGGUCAUUGUUCAGCUCAUUCAUGUAAUCCAAGGCUUAGAGGAAAAAGAAGUGUCGGAAACUUAACACGGAUGAAAGAAGAAAGAUAAAUGUAAACUUUCUUACAACAAUAUGCAGACAAACAGUGUUUGUCAAAAAAUCUUUUUGAUUUUUUUUUGUUUAUUUUGUUUGUAAAUAAUAAACCUUGAAAAUAUAGAAAAUAAACAACAUAUUGUCAUUUAAAA